ACGGUGGUGUGCUCGAAGCUGCUCCAUGCCUGACUCUACACGGUUAAUUCUUCUCCCUCAAGAUCUGACUGAGAGUGAAGCUAUCCCCCCUUUAUCGACCCAGGAACCGUGAACCGGAACGUCGAAUCCUUCCCUUUCCCCUUCCCCUUCCCCUUCCCCUUCCCCGCAUCUACAGCCAGAGCCAGAAUCCCCUACCCCGACCCCCCCAAGUCGACAACACCAGAGGCUCAGUUCAAGAUGGGCCCGACUGCAGGAAUCCUCUAUGUGACUAUGCAACCCAAGCCUUCCCUCUCCCUCUCGCAGUUCCACGACUGGUACAACAACGAACAUGGCCCGACCCGCCUGCGCCUCCCCUUUUUCACAAAUGGGUUUCGCUACCGUGCCAGCGAUGUCUCAGAGGGUGCUACUGAAGAGAAGCCAGAAUGGAUGGCCAUCUACGAUAUCACGGACAUGGAUACCAUGAUGCAGACCCCCUAUCUGCGUCUGCGAGACCCACCCGUGAAAAGUCAGCGCGAAGCCGAUACCAUGGCGCAGAUUAGCGUUGUGCGGAAGCUAUAUGACUUCGUGGAGAGCCGUGAGAGCAAGGACUUUAAGAAGUUGGAAGAGGUGCAGAACGAAGGGCAGGGUAAUGUUAUGGUCGCCGUGUUUAUAACUUUGUACCCCGGUGCAGACAAGAAAGCUCAAUUAGAUAAGUGGUACAGGGAGGAGCAUAUCGAAAUGCUUUCAAAAGUGCCAGGUUGGUUAAGAACAAGGAGAUUCGUGACAAGCAGUGUUGAUUCCAAAUCUCCUGUCGAAUACCUCGCCCUGCAUGAGUACAGUCCGAAGAAUGGACUCGGUGGGCCAGAGUUCCAAGCUGCUGUUUCAACCAAGUGGAAUGACGAAGUCAUGUCGAACACAGUCAGGUCGAAGAAGCGGAGGGUUUAUGAUUUAUACUACACGUUUGGCCCCGCCCCCAGACAUCUCGCCCCGAACCUCUCAUCCUGGGAACUGUCUGACCCCGAGAGUUCGAAAACGAGAACAAUCACACAGUCUGUGGGCGGAGCGGGAGCCAUUGAAUCUUGGGUCACGACCAAAGAUGGCGUCGAGCUUCCUUACCGCCUCGAAGGCUCCCCUGAUCCUAAUGCACCUUUAAUAAUACUCAGUAAUUCUAUUCUCACCACAUACGGUAUCUGGGACGGUUUCCUCGCCUCCUUUUUCUCUCGUCCGGAGAACAAAAAAUACCGCGUCGUUCGCUACCUGACUCGAGGUCGGUCCUCGAAAUGUGGUUCACUGCCUGUCACUGUCGACUUGUUGGCCUCCGAUAUCAUCGCUAUACUUGAUGCCCUGAGAGUGAAGAAAGCAGCAGCAGUCAUCGGCGUCUCUCUUGGUGGCGCGACAACUUUGAACACAGCGCUCAAGUAUCCACAACGCGUGGAAGCUUUCGUGAGCUGCGAUACAAGCAGCAAGAGUCCAGCGGGAAACAGCAAAGCCUGGGGUGAUCGGAUCGCCGUUGCUGAGAAGGAAGCCGCUACCAGCUCAUCCGGUGAACCAAUUGUCGGAGAAGAGCUUGCAGAAAUGACGGCGAGACGAUGGUUCGUGAAAGAAAGCUAUGAUGGCGGUGCCUUGGAGAAGAAGUGCCAGGAGGUGAAAGAGAUGGUUGCUACAAAUAGUCUUGCAGGUUUCAAGAAGAGUGUUGAAGCAUUGUUUGCCUAUGACCUGAAGGCCGAAAUGAAGGGGGGCAAGCCGAAGGGGGCUUUUCUGGUGGGCGCCGGAGAUGGCGUUUUGCCUGGGACUAUGAAGGAGAUGGCGGCUGCUUAUGGCGAGAAAGGCGCUGAGUAUCUGGUUAUUGACCAAGCCGGACAUCUGCCUAUGGUCGAGAAGCCGCAGGAAUUUGCGGAACUCGUUACGAAGUUUCUGAGUUCGUAAGGCCUGCAUGGAAUGAUGACCUGAACGAUACAAAUGUUGAAACAUGGGUUCUAGUCCAUUGAGCGAGCGACGUAGAAGGGCGAUAGUCAACAACCGUCGAAAGAACAAAUUUGACCUG